CCGCUCUCUGCCUUAUCUCUAUUGCUACAGCGAGGGACGGCCACGCUUAUUUAUAACUAUUUCCGUUUGGAGGCGGGGCUAGGGCGGAGUCAUUCCUUCACUCUGUAGAGGUGACCUGCUGUCAGUGUAGAUCUGCCGGUGUAUAGAAUUCCUGUCAUGGGCUCUGUGGGGGUGAACGUGUUGAGGACGAUGAUGAGAGGGUUGAGUGAAGGGCCCGGAUUUGACCGAGUACUGAAUAAGCUACAACUUGUAUCUGCAAGUCCCGGAAAGCUGGUCUGUGAAAUGAAAGUUGAUGAGGAUCACACAAACCGAGGUGGUACGUUACACGGGGGUCUGACUGCUACCUUGGUGGAUAUGGUUUCCACAAUUGCCUUGUUAAACACAGACCGAGGAGCUCCAGGUGUUAGUGUGGACAUGAAUAUUACGUAUAUGAAUGCUGCUAAAAUUGGGGAAUCAAUACUCAUCACUGCACAGGUUUUGAAGCAAGGAAAAACCUUGGCCUUUGCAACUGUGGAUUUAAUAAAUAAAGAUACUGGGAAAAUAAUUGCACAAGGAAGACACACAAAGCAUCUAGGGAAUUAGAAGUUGAAUAUGUUUUUGUUUAAUAUGCUUAUGCUAU